UAGCGGGGGGUGUGCUCAGGUCUGGGGGAGCGGAAGCUGGGCAGCAGUCGGGCUCGUGGGCCGGGUGCAUGCGGGUUGGGAGCCGUGAGCGGCGCCGUUGGUUCUCGGGCUGGGGCUGCCCGGGUCUGGGCGACGCUCACUGCCCAUGGAGCCCGAGGUGCUGCGCCGCCGGCUGGCCACGGCCGGGCAGGGCCACCUGCUGCGCUUCUGGGCCGAGCUGGGCGGCGCGGAGCGGCGGGCGCUGUGCGAGGAGCUGCAGAGACUGGACUGCGAGGCGCUGGGCGUCUGCUUCCGUCGGGCCAUGGAGGGGGCGGACGCGGCCGACCGCGACAAGGUGGACGGGCGGAUGGAGGCGCUGCCGCGGGCCGUGCUGGGCAGCGUCAUCCGAGACGCGGACCAGCUCCCCGAGUGGGAGCGCGAAGGUCUCCAUCAGAUUUCUCAGAGCAAAGUAGCUGUCCUCCUCCUAGCUGGUGGACAGGGGACAAGACUGGGUGUUUCUUAUCCCAAGGGAAUGUAUGAUGUGGGGUUGCCAUCCCACAAAACGCUCUUCCAGAUCCAAGCAGAGCGCAUCCUGAAACUACAGCAGCUGGCUGAAAAACAGCAUGGUACCAAGUGUGUCAUUCCAUGGUACAUCAUGACAAGUGGCAGAACAAUGGAAUCUACAAAGGAGUUCUUCUUGAAGCACAAUUACUUUGGUUUAAAGCAGAAAAAUGUGAUCUUUUUCCAGCAAGGGAUGCUGCCUGCUAUGGGGUUUGAUGGCAAGAUUUUUCUGGAAGAGAAGGGCAAAGUUUCCAUGGCACCAGAUCUGGCAGACCUGGCCUUUCAGAAAGCAACUUGCAGGCUUGGUGUCAUUAAACAUCUGUAUCGCAACAAUGGCAAUGGGGGGCUGUACCGAGCCCUUGGCGCCCAUGGCAUCGUGGAGGACAUGGAGCAGCGAGGCAUCUGGAGCAUCCAUAUGUACUGCGUUGACAACAUCUUAGUGAAGGUGGCUGACCCCAGGUUCAUUGGGUUCUGCAUACAGAAGGGAGCUGAGUGUGGUGCAAAGGUGGUGGAGAAGACAAACCCCAUGGAGCCAGUGGGCGUGGUGUGCAGAGUGGAUGGCAUGUACCAGGUGGUGGAGUACAGCGAGAUCUCCCUGGCCACAGCACAGAAACGUAGUUCCGAUGGCCGGCUACUGUUCAACGCAGGCAACAUUGCCAAUCACUACCUCUCAGUGCCCUUUCUGAGAGAUGUUAUCAACAUUUACGAACCUCAGCUGAAGCACCACGUGGCCCAGAAGAAGAUUCCGUACGUGGACAUCACCAGUGGGCAGUUGGUCAAGCCAGACAAACCGAAUGGCAUCAAGAUGGAGAAGUUUGUCUUUGACAUCUUCCAGUUUGCCAAACAGUUUGUGGUGUACGAAGUGCUGCGUGAAGAUGAGUUCUCUCCUCUGAAGAAUGCAGAUAGUCAGAAUGGGAAAGACAACCCCACCACUGCCCGACAUGCCCUCAUGUCGCUGCACCAUUGCUGGGUCCUCAAUGCUGGGGGCCACUUUGUGGAUGAAAAUGGCACCCGCAUCCCUGCGAUUCCCCGCUUCACAAGUGGAAAGCCAGAUGCCAUCACAGCUGAUGUCAAUUGCAAUUUGAAGGAUGCUAACGACUUGCCCAUUCAGUGUGAAAUUUCUCCUCUCACCUCGUAUGGUGGAGAAGGUCUGGAAAAGUAUGUGGAAAACAAAGAAUUUCAUGCGCCGUUGAUCAUUGACGAGAAUGGGAUCUAUGAGAGGGUGAAGAACAGUGUAUAGACUCUUUUGCAGGAAGCCAGCAGACCCAGCAUAGCUUGUGACUUUAGCUGUCAGACUGUAAAUCCAAACAGAUGAAGAUUGUAGCUGUAAAUGGUAGGGGCUAGUCUUGCCCUCUGAAUUCACUGGCUCGUGGCACAUGACGGUCUCUAUAUUUUAAUUUAAAAAACAAACAUUUUAGUCAAUCCCCUGAAGCUAAGUACAGAUGUGGUGUUGCUCUCCACGCUUUGAGCAUAGGCAUUUAUUUUAAAUGUGUAUAAAAUAAUAAACAAUUGUACAUGCUGAAAGGUUUUUAUGGUACGAGGAGAGGUUCAUAUUAAAUUUUAUUUUUUCCUCAAAUAGAUAUGACUAUCUUUAAAAACAAAAAUAGGAUCGCUGUCACUGUCCACAUUCUGCCUUUUUAGAGUCUCAUUUUGUUAGCUAGUACAUCUGUUUUGGCUUCUUAUACACCACAUUACUAGGUAUUAUGUGCAUGGUAUUAAUAUAACAUACAUUAUGUAUAUGGGUGUUGGGAAAUUACGUUAACUGAUUGUAUUAUGCUCUUCCCACAGUUUUGUUCACCUAUGUCAAGUAUCCCACAACACUGCAAAGCUGAAGUCAGCUUUGGCAUUAGAAAAUAGGAAACCUGUCAAAGCAAAGCUGCAUAAAUACCUUGUACCAAGUGCAGUUAGGGAGUACUUUCCUGGCUCAUCAACACUUGGAAUGUAAUAUUCAGAACAAGAUAUGGGAAAGUAUAGGGAGGUACCAAGGGCAAAGCUGGCACAAACUAGUGGGUUACAUUUAAACUUUAACUGGACGUACAUGGGUCAUUUAGUUUGUAACAAUCACACUAUAAAUAGAAGUGGGUUUGAGGGCAUAUCUUUGAAGCACACCUUCUGUGAAAGGUGAACAUGCUGCGAGAUAAGAAUUGCGUCCCAGAAGGAGGGUAUGUAUGUUUCAUCUUCGUAUUAUGGUGUUUUGUCUUUAGGCAAUAAAUUUGGCUAGGCUUGUUUAGUUGGUCCCUUGAACAUUCUUAGGCCUGGUUUACUCAGGAGGAUUAGGUUGGUUUAACUGUGUCAGUCGGGCGGGGGUGGUGGUGGAAAAUCCACUCCCUUGUAUGGCGUUGUUAAGUUGAUCUAAGUUGAUCCAUCGCCUUAGCUACUGGCUCUCUGGGAGGUGGAUUACCUAUGCUGAUGGGUGAAUCCUGCCCAUUGAGAUAGUGUCUGGACUGAAGCAUUACAGUGAUGCAGCUGUAGCAUUUUAAGUGCAGACAAGCCCUUAAUGAUGAACCAUAAGUGUAGUCAAAUCAAUUGGUUAGACCAUUAAUCAAUAAUUUGGCAAACCAGGCCAGGGGACAUUAGCCAAGCAUUAGUCAAACCCGUUUGUCCUGAGGUCAUGAGCUAGCCAGUUGGAUUUGGAGUAUCUGUUUCCUAGAGGUUGGACUUUGGGAGUCCUUGCCCUCGGGGGGAAAUUAUAUUAAGUGUUACUUUGGCAAAUAACUGGUUAACAAAGAUUAUGGAAAGCAAAAACUGCUUUUGUGCCAUAAUAAAGCCAUAUUUUAAGAAUAUUUAAAGAUUAAUUAUAAGUAAAAUGUUUUCUGCACAAAAUACCCAGAUAAAGCAAAGGCUAAAGUGGCCACUAUUUGCAACAGAACACUAUGUUGUGCUAAAACACCGAGUAGAAAUAUAAAAAUAUAAGCCAUAGCAAAUGAAAGGGAGAAACAGGACGUUUUAAAGCAUGUUAUCAUACAGUACAUAACAGACCAUGGCAGUGAUUUGGUCACAUUAAAGGCAAUCCAAAAAGUGAUCCAUGGAGUCAUGUAUGUAAUUUGUUUAAAUUGUAGAUGGAGGGAAAAAGCAAAAAGGGAGAAGACAAAGAAAUGGGUGUUUAUACAGUGACACACAGACUAUUAACCAAAGCAAGAAAGGGCACUACUGUAAACAAUUUGGAGUGCAGACAAAAGCAGCAGGUACUUGGGGAACAAAUACAGGUUUUGCAGGGACAGGUAGCAAUCCCCACACUCCUCCCGGAGCCAGGAUAAAAACCAGAGGUCCUGGCUCCCAGCCCUCCUUCCUCCCUCCCCUCUCAAAUGCACAGAACCACUCCUCUCCCAGCCAAUGACAUAACCUUCUCUCUCUAAUAUUUUUACUUUUAGUUCUAGUUUUUUCUUUAUGUCCUUUCUCUGUCAAAUCCUCCCCUUUCCUUUUAUAUUCUUCACAUGGCUCAGUUUGCUGAACUCGCUGCUGCUGUCUGUGCUUUGGAAUGCCCUCACAGAAUUAAGUAUCAGAGGGGUAGCCAUGUUAGUCUGGAUCUGUAAAAAGCGACAGAGUCCUGUGGCACCUUAUAGACUAACAGACGUAUUGGAGCAUAAGCUUUCAUGGGUGAAUACCCACUUCAUCAGACACAUGUGACAUGCUUCUCACAGAAUUAAUUAAUUUCCCUUGGCUUGUGCCUACUUCCUUUCCUAUAACGAUUCUGUGACUUCUUCCCUUCCUGCAAUUUAAAAAGUGAUAGUUAUUACAGAAACCCCUAUUGCAGAAAGAGACUGAGAAACUAAAAUAAACAGAUUACCAAAAUGCCAAAGGUAAAAGCUUUACUUUAAAUAAAUUCAGUAAAAUUAAUAAUUUUAACCCUUCUGGAAAUCAAUAGCUAAAGAAGAUAUGGUUGCCAAGCAACAGAAUGCUAACUUGCUUUUGAUCCUAAAACUGCUCUUUUUUUUUCUUUUAACUAGACACUAACUAAUGAAUAUAUACAUGGAUUUUUCUUAUUUCUAUAUAGUAGUAUUCUUAAGGUAAGAGAAUUGUAAAGUAAUGUAAGUUGCCUUAAGUUAACUAAAUUAAUACAACUGAGUGGGCAAAUAAAAUAGGGAUUUUAAUCAAUUCUUAUUAAAAGUUUUUUAAUAAAAAAAAACCCAACCUGCCUAAUUGUUUAAUUCUUUUAACUUUUUGUUUUGUAGUAUACCUUGCCAUAGUAACUUUUUUAACUCUUAAUGCUUCAUCAUGUAUAUUUAAAAAUAACAAUUUUGGCACCAUUUGUCUUUAAUUGUAAGUAAUCCUAUGUGUCAUAUGUUGUCCUGUGUGUUAUGUUUUGUGGAUCAUGUGACUUCUUGCUUUUAUUUUACUAUAUUUUUCAGUUUUGUUGCAACAAAAUCAAUUUUGCACGCAUAAUUAUAAAAAUAUAUGUUUUUAACAUUAGUGGUACCACACUAUUUUGAUAUUAUGGUUGCACUUCAUAAUACCACUUCAUUUUUUCUGCAAAGUUCAAAAUGGGGUCAGUUUAUAAGUAUAUGUACAUAUAUUUCUGUCUCAAAGAAUAAUUCAACGGCAAACAAAUAAAAUGUUUUAAAACGGGGGAAAAGGCCUCAAUGCAAAAACAACAUUUAAUAAGAUCAUAACUUUUUUAUUAUAAAUUUGGUUGCACCUUUAUUAAAUAUUAAAAUAAACUUACAUUAUUUUAUAACCAGUGUUUAAGCUAUAACAAUAUAUAUUACGUCUAAUUAUGUUGCACAAUGUUAAAGUUAACCAAAUAAAUUUCAGCAGAUUUCUGUCUUUGUCUCCCAAGCAUAAGCAAAUGUCAUAAGAAUGUAUUAACCUCAAGGUUAUAUAUAAACCUUCAUUUAAACUUCA